CCGCCCCUGACCGGGAAGCAGACGGAUGGCGGUUCCGCUGCGCGGCGUCCCCGCCGCCGCCCCGCGCAGCAUGAGCCCGCCCUGAGAUGGCGGCGCCGUGCCGGACGCGGACGCUGCAGGUGGUGGACACGGAAUUCAGCGCGGACGCGGUGGAGUGGUGCCCGGUGGAGGGCUGGCACAGCAUCCUGGCCUGCGGCACCUACCACCUCCGCCCGCCCGCCGCGUCUGACUCCCGAGGAAGCAAUGGAGCCUGUGACCGGACUGGACGCCUCUACCUUUAUCACUACAACGAGGACCAGCCUUACAUCCCGCUGACCGAAAUCCAGAGGAUUGACACUGCCGCCAUCCUGGACAUCAAAUGGUGCCACGUUCCUGUUGCAGAACAUCCCAUGGUUGGCAUUGCAAACUCAACAGGCGCCGUGGAGUUUUGCCACCUGACUGGAAGCGAGAAGAACAGCUGCAUGUUGGAGCCAUGCUUCAGGGUUGAUCUUGGUGCACAGCGCCUGGCCUUGUCUUUAGACUGGUCCACAGGACGAGAGCAAUGUGGAUGUCCUUUGAGAGUGAUCAGCAGUGAUUCACAGGGGAAGCUGAAUCUUUUCUCCGUAGAUGAAUCUGCUCCUUCUGUGCAUGUCCUGAACCAGUGGGAAGCUCACAAAUUUGAGGCCUGGAUUGCUGCUUUUAAUUACUGGGACACCGAUAUUGUGUAUUCAGGAGGAGACGACAGCCUGCUAAAGGGCUGGGACACCAGGUGCAGUCCAGAGGCUCCGAUCUUCACCAGCAGGAGACACUCAAUGGGUGUGUGCAGCAUUCAGUGCAGUCCCCACCGGGAGAAUCUUCUGGCUACUGGCAGCUAUGACGAGCACGUGCUGCUGUGGGACACCAGGAACAUGAAGCAGCCACUGGCAGACACCCAUGUUGAAGGUGGAGUUUGGAGGUUGAAGUGGCACCCAACGUGUGAUUUUGUGCUGUUAGCAGCCUGCAUGCAGAGCGGGUUCAAAAUCCUUGACUGCCGCGGAAGCAUGGCGGAAAACAUGGAGGAAUGUAUCGUGCUGUCAUCCUAUGUCUUGCACAAUUCCUUGGCCUAUGGGGCUGACUGGUCAAGGCUCUGUCCCAGGAAUUCCUUGACUGCAACGCAGGACUCGGCUGCCGCAUGCCAGUCUUCGGAGGAGGGUGUGGGAAGAUCAGAGGAAGGAGACGAGAAACUGAACUUGCAGGUCCAAAACCUGAAGAUAAUUUAUGAGUCUCCUACAGCUACUUUUGAUGUAAUAUUGGAUGAGGAGAGCGAAGGCCCUGCCUUGUCGCUCAGAGAAGGGGGCCCUAAACUGUCUGGGGAUCCCGACCUGGUUAGGGGCUCCCAUUCAAAGGGGAGGUCAGAUUUGGCUGAGGGUCCUGACCGAGGCAGGGAUCCUGAAUCAGCCAGUCGUUCUGACUCGGGAGCUCAGAGACCCAACGGCAUGGGCCUGGACAGAAGUGGCGAUUCAGCCAGGUCUCUAGACAGUCCAAAAGAAAUGAGCAUUGUAGCAACUUGUUCUUUCUAUGACAAUAUCCUCCAUGUCUGGAAGUGGGAGAUGAGCCUGGUGACCCCUUCGGAGACACCAAGUACUGCAUCUCUGUCUGAAAGUGUGCACUGACCAGUCCGAAGGGAGAGGGGUAGGAAAACUCCUGCGCUGAGAGUGACAUCUGAGCUCGUGCCCUGUCUAAUUUCUGUUGGGCUUUUCCGGCUUUAUUUGUUGAGCUUGGGAGUCUUUUAAGGCCAACUGAUGGAAUUACUGGUGGUUUGUUUUCAGCAUUGAGGAAAGCCUUUGCUUUGAGGUGUGUGGUCAAGCAGAGACUUGUUUUAGUUUUCCCUUAAUGUACUAGUUCAAAGUAGGACAGCCUUUCUCUCAGAGGCUGCUUGUUUGUACCUUACAUUUGAAUCCCUUCAAGGCUGGUUUACAUUUGUAUGAUUGAUCUGUUAAGGCCAUUCUCCUCCUUCCGUUGCAAAUCAAACCUGCCUGCGCUGCUACGUGCAGACAAAUGCACAGUCUGUGCUCAGAGGUUUCCCUGAACGUCUCAGAAAAGCCUGAGAGUAGAGGCUUAGCUCUGUGUGUAGCUUGCUGUGUUACCCGUAAACUAGUAUGAACCUUGAGAAGACACUCCAAAACAGCCCAGAUACUGCCAGUGCUUAUAGUGAUCUUUAGUAGAGAGAAAUCCCUUUUUUAGAAGGAAAUCCAGACUGGUGUGAUGGACAGUUCAGUGACAGGAGGCUUUGUUCUGAGCAGAGCCUUUCCUGGAAGGGUUCUGGUGUAUCUGCACAGCCUAAUUCUGCAUCAGACUCAUCACCUGGUUGCGGUCUCACUUGGUCACUCUCCAAGCUAAGCACAAUCUGGUUUAGCAGAAGCUGUGUAGCGAGCGCCGCUGCAUUUUGGUGCCACACUCAACUACCCCCAGCCUCUUGGUAUCAAACUCAUGUUUUCUGCUCUCCCCAGCAAGACAUACAUUUAGGUCCAAAGUCAGGAUCUUUCAGUUUUGUAAAGGUGAACAGCUUUAAGAUCAAAACCUCCAAAAAGUACAAGCAGUGUUUCCUGCAUCUUUUAAGUUCAAAAUAAGUCAAGAAACCAAAAUCUUAACAACGUUGCCCUAACUACCUCCAGGAAUGGCUGCAGAAUUUCUCACGGUUGCUCCAUUAGCUUUCUUUUUUUCACUGUGAAUUAUCAGCAAAACACUGUUUCUGGAACACUUUAUUAUCUUCCUAGAAACAAAAAAUCAGCCAAACUAGGUAAGUACCUUCUAGCUUGCAUGGUUUCUCUUUGAGGGUCCUAAAGAAUUAGUCGCCUGGAGGCUAAGAAGCACCAGCAACAGGUAUCUCUGUUACAGGUCUGUAACAGUGCUGCAUCUAAACUGAGGCACAGCAGAUAAGAAUUUUACUGCUUUGAAACUCCUUUUGCAAGGGUGAAUGUGUAUUUUAGAAAACAUUCUUGAGCACUGUUACAUGAAUAUUCAUAUUAGUAUUGUGAACAAGAGCUUUUGUUAAAAAAACGACCCUAUUUUUGGAUGUUUCUAAAAUAAAGUCAAUAUAAGUGAU